UCAUUCUCUGGUUCCUAUUCUAAAUUUCACAGAUGUAUUUUCUCUUUGAUUUACAUUUUGAAACAGGCAGGGUUCACAUCGGGGGACAGGAGCAUUUUUACAUGGAAACUCAAAGUGUGCUUGUUAUUCCAAAGGGAGAGGAUAAAGAAAUAGAUAUUUAUGUGUCUUCACAGCAUCCAGCUUUUACUCAGGAACUAGUGGCCUCAGUAUUAAAUAUUCCAUCAAAUAGGAUUAUGUGUCAUGUAAAGCGAGUUGGUGGUGGGUUCGGAGGUAAAAUAACCAAAGCUGCCAUUCUGGCUGCUGUCACUGCUGUGGCAGCAAACAAAACUGGCCGUGCAGUCCGUUGCGUUCUGGACCGAGCAGACGAUAUGUUAAUAACUGGGGGCAGACAUCCUUUCCUUGGAAGAUACAAAGUUGGAUUUAUGAACGAUGGAACAAUUGUGGCCCUGAGUGUGGAGUACUACAGUAACGCUGGAUGUACACCAGAUGAAUCUAUUGCGGUAAUGGAGAAUGCAUUGCUACGAAUGGAUAAUGCUUAUAAAAUACCCAAUCUACUAUGCCAAGGAUGGGUCUGCAAGACGAAUUUACCAUCUAAUACAGCAUUCAGAGGAUUUGGUUUUCCUCAAUCAGCUCUUGUUACAGAGACAGUGAUAACAGAUGUAGCAAUCAAAACAGAUUUACCACAAGAGGAGGUAAGAGAGAGAAACAUGUACAAAACGUUUGACGAAACACAUUACAAACAGGAAGUAGACCCAGGGAACUUAAUUAGAUGUUGGAAUGAAUGCAUGCAGAAGUCAUGUUUUCACAAAAGGAAGAUGGAAGUAGAAGAAUUUAAUAAACACAAUUACUGGCGAAAGAAAGGAAUUGUCGUUAUCCCGCUCAAAUACUCAGUUGGAUUUCAGCCAAUGUAUUUAAAUCAGGCUGCAGCCCUUGUUCAUAUCUACCUAGAUGGGCAUGUGUUGGUGACUCAUGGUGGUGUUGAGCUAGGUCAAGGUAUUCAUACCAAAAUUAUACAGAAUGCCUGUGAGACUCUUAUGAAAAGACUUAAGCCUGUCAUGAACAAAAAUCCUGAAGGAACAUGGAAAGACUGGGUAAUCCUUUCCUUUUCGUCAAAUAUUAGUCUUUCAGCUACUGGCUACUUCAGAGGCUAUAAAACAAACAUGGAUUGGGAAAAGGGAGAAGGCCGGCCAUAUGAAUAUUCUGUUUUCGGAGCUGCUUGUUCAGAGGUUGAAAUAGACUGUUUAACAGGAGACCAUAAGAAUAUUAGGACUGACAUAGUUAUGGAUGUUGGUUGCAGCAUUAAUCCAGCUAUAGAUAUAGGACAGAUUGAAGGUGCUUUUGUACAAGGCCUUGGACUUUAUACAAUGGAGGUAUUAAAAUAUUCUCCUGAAGGACUUUUGAAGACCUAUGGCCCAAACCAAUAUAAAAUCCCCGCUGUCUGCGAUAUCCCAGAACAAUUUUACGUCUCUUUGCUUUCUUCAUCUCAAAAUAUCAAUGCAAUUUACUCAUCCAAGGCAAUUGGUGAGCCAGCUUUAUUCCUGGGAUGUUCUGUCUUUUUUGCUAUAAAGGAUGCUGUUGCUGCCGCCCGUAAAGAAAGAGGAUUACCCAGGAUGUUUAUUCUGGAUAGUCCAGCAACUCCUGAGGGCAUCCGAUUGGCCUGUAUUGAUCAGUUUACUGAGAUGAUUUCAAAGAAUAAGCCUGACUUCAAACAUCUCUGUGCCGUGCCAAGCUAACAAUUGCUGCUACUCAUGGAGCUAUUUUUUUAGAAAGAUGUAGAGAAAUCAGCAGAGAAAACCAGGACAAAUUAAUACCAGUCCACAUCAGAAGGCUUUCCAGCAGUUCCAAGUCCAGCAACAGAACCGAUGUUUGCAUCAUCAAAAGGCCAAUGAUUCACAGCGCAUUUGCAGAAACGUUGCUAUACUGUUGUUAUUUAUUAAAUGCACUUACACUUCUUUAAAAAAAGUUGAACUUCAACAACUUUUGUAUUAGAGUUCAGUACUGUAAUUUAAUCCAUUAUCUUAACCACCGAUGAACCAUGUUUUAUUUAAACACUGUAUUGUCAAUAUGCUAGAUGUCUGAAG